AUGUCGUACGGGCCUGGACGUGGAUACGGAGGCGGUGGAUACGCACCUCCUCCUGGUGGCCCCCCAGCUGGAUAUGCGCCUCCCUCUGGCGCGCCUCCCCCAGGAGCCCCGCCGGCAUAUGGCGGAGGGUAUGGUGGCGGAUACGGGGGCGCUCCCGCCAGUGGCUACGGACGAUACGGCGGAGAGCCUGGAGGAUUUGCCCCAGCGAUGACCGCAGGACCUCCUGCCGGUGCUGAUCCCCAACUAUGGAGCUGGUUCACUGCCGUAGAUACAGACAGAUCAGGCCAGAUCAGCCCACAUGAGCUUCAGAAGGCGCUGAUCAACGGAGAUUGGACGCCAUUUGACCUUGACACUGUGAAACUCCUGAUGACUAUCUUCGAUACGGAUCGGAGUGGUUCCGUUGGUUACAACGAGUUUGCUGGUCUCUGGAAAUACAUUAAGGACUGGCAGCAUGUUUUCAAGCACUUCGACCGUGACCGCUCCGGAUCCAUCGACAAGCGCGAGCUCCAAGAUGCGCUGAGGCAGUUCGGUUACAACCUAUCUCCCCCGCUACUCGGGCUCGUCGAGCGAAAAUACGAUGUGAAAGCAGGCUCCGGCGCCGGAGGCCGCGACGACGGGAUCACGUUCGACCGCUUCGUGCGCGCGUGCGUCGUCAUCAAGCAGCUCACCGAGGCGUUCCAGAAGCUGGACGCCGACCGAGAUGGGUGGAUCCAGAUCAACUACGACCAGUUCAUGCAGACGGUGCUCAGCGCGCCGUAG